AAUUAUGUAGAGCAAAAUUCAAACUUGACUUUUCUCAGUAAAUGUUCAAUUAUUGGGACAUCGUAUUUAACUGCAUUGGCCAUCGUUUUCAGUAAAUGUUAACCAAAAAUAAGGUUUUGGCAUACACAUACAAAAUAUAUGACAUUGUUGCUUUUUAAACCAGGAGCUUCAGAAUUGCAUUUGUGCAAUUAGCUAAUAUAGCCUCUUACAAUCAUUAUUUUAUAUCCUAUAAUGGUUAUAGUUAAGUAAUUAUCGUAGCAGAUAAUACUUACAAAAUAUUAAUAUUAAAAAACAGCAAACCAAGCAUAUAUUCGUGCGGUUAAAAAGAAAGUCCGCGCUAUUUCCUGCAGAACUAGCUUUUUCUGCUACUGCAGCACUGCCAGAUAAAAUAUAUCGAUUGUCAUAAAACGAAGUCGAUAUGCCAGUCACAGUGAUUCGAUCACAUAUGCACCGAACAUUGUCCAUCUCUAGCAGUGCCCUUACGAACGACAAUAACGAAUUCGACUUGUGAAAUAUAAAUAUCACUUUGCAGCACAAUGUUGGUUUUGUUGCACAAAAAUGCCGGCGCUGCAGCGGCCAACCAGGUGCGCAGCAUAGCCAAACGAUUUCUGACGACAACAGCAACAGACUCAAAAACAACAACAACGACAAAAACUGCGCCGGCAACGGAGCACUAUGAUAUCAUAAUUGGCGGAGGUGGCUUAGUGGGCACAACAUUGGCGGCUGCACUGGCCAAAAAUACGACACUGGCGGACAAGAAGGUGUUGCUGCUGGAGGGUGCGCCACCAUUCAAGGGCUUCAAUUCAAGCGGACCCUAUCAAAAUCGCGUUUCGGCCAUCAAUCGAAACUCCGUGGAGCUCUUCAAAUCGAUUGAUGCUUGGGCACACAUUGAGGCGGCACGCUACAAGCCUGUCAAGCAGAUGCAGGUGUGGGAAUCGAACAGUAAUGCGCUUAUACAAUUCCAGCAUGAUAACUUUGCCAGCGAUGUGGCCUGCAUCAUUGAGAAUGAUCUAAUACUGGAUGCGGUCUAUGCACGCGUCCGUGAUUCGGCGGAUAAUGUGAAGGUGCUGAAUAAGGCUCGCAUUGAAUGUGUGAGCCUGCCCGGUGAGACCGGAGCGCCGCAUUCACAUGUCCAGCUGCAGGAUGGACGCAGCUUUACAUGCGAACUGCUCAUUGGAGCCGAUGGCGCAAAUUCUGUGGUCCGCAAACAAAUGGGCGUGGAUGUUUUCUCAUUUAACUAUGAGCGGAUGGGCGUGGUGGCCACAUUGGACCUGAACAUGGAGGAGGACUCAGAUAAUUCGGUGGCCUGGCAACGUUUUUUGCCCACAGGGCCCGUUGCCCUGUUGCCGCUGAGCUCCAAACAAAGCUCGUUGGUUUGGAGCACCACAGUGCCGCAUGCCAAACAAUUGCUGGCCAUGGAAUCAGCCCAAUUUGUGGAUGCCCUAAAUGAGGCAUUUUGCAGAGAAUAUCCACGCAUUGAUGUGGCGGAUAAGGCGCUGCAAGCACUCAAUUCCUUCUUUGGCAACAGUGGAUCACAGCAUCAGCGUCAGUAUCCGCCGCGUGUGUGCGGCGUGCAGGAUGGCUCCCGGGCCACCUUCCCGCUGGGCUUUCUGCAUGCUUCGUCGUACGUGUGCAAUGGCGCUGCUCUUGUGGGCGAUGCCGCACAUCGCGUGCAUCCUUUGGCUGGCCAAGGUGUCAAUUUGGGCUUCAGUGAUGUGCGCAUUCUGGUGGAGACUUUGGCCACCGGCGCCUAUGCUGGAUUCAAGCUGGGCGACACCCAGCAUCUGAUCAAAUAUGAACGCAAAUGCCUGGCCAAGAAUGUGCCCAUUAUGGUGGGCGUGCACGGCCUGCAUACGCUCUACUCCACAGAAUUUAGUCCGGUGGUGCUACUGCGCAGUCUCGGCCUGCAGCUGACCCAAAAUUUGCCGCCCAUCAAGAACAUUUUCAUGAAGAGCGCCAUGGGUUAAACGGACGGGUGCGGGGCAUGUUUUAUCUUUAAGUGUUUACAGUUUUAUGACCGCUGACCAAUAAACUAAAGGCUUUCUAAAAGGCUUUGCUAUUGAAUGGGUAAUAUAAUAUUUA